AUUAAAGGGUGAUAAUAAGAGGCAAGGAAGCACAUCACUCCAGGCCUUUGGCUGCCCAGAGUCCCCUUAUUGCCGUCGUCCGAAGUCUGAGACAUUUGGCCCCACAGAAUUGCUUCUUCCUUACCCCCUUCCUUACUCCUGGCCUUCCCCCCCCCCUCAUUUGUCCCCUUCUAAACCGAUAACUCUGGGAAAGGAAGGAAUCCAGCAGAAAGCCAUUGGACGCCAUAUCGGCUCACAAGAUGUAUGCGUUCUACCCUGGCGGUGACUUGAACUCAGUUCUUGCUUGGCAGCUACUUGGAAGCGUCGGAUGUUUUGAAUCGAGCUAGAACUAAGGAGCAAUUUCCUGAAAGAGAGAGCAAUUCAUCAGUGGAACAGCCUGCCUCCAGAAGCGGUGGGUGCUCCCACGCUGCAGGUUUUUAAGGAGAGACGGGACAGGCAUUUGUCUGAAAUGUUACAUGCUCUCCUGCUUGAGCAGGGGGUUGGACUAGAAGACCUCCAAGGUCCCUUCCAACUCUGCUCUUCUGUUGUCCCGGCUUUUUGUCCAGGCAGAGUUUUUAAUAAAGGAAGGAGCCUCUUCUUUCAGCCCUGGAGCCAGGAGCAGCAACAGUUGAGAUCCUGUGGCCCUUAACUACUCAAGAAGGAUGCUGUUUCCGUGGUGGCAGCCGAGGAUCUCCUCUUCCUUUCUUACCAAAAUCUUGGUGGCCGGGGUCUUUUGUGCUGGGAACGCCUCCUGGGUUGGUGCCAAUGAACUUGACCCGGAAGCGAAUGGCACCUGCGAAGGUUUUACUAAGUGUCAACCGGGAGUGCUCCUCCCAGUUUGGCAGCCGGACAACCCUUCUUUUGGUGACAAGGCUGCCCGGGCCAUCGUCUACUUUGUGGCCAUGAUGUACAUGUUCUUAGGGGUCUCCAUCAUUGCGGACCGCUUCAUGGCCUCCAUCGAAGUCAUCACUUCCAAAGAGAAGGAGAUCACCAUCACCAAAGCCAACGGGGAGACCAGCAUCGGCACCGUGAGGAUCUGGAACGAGACGGUCUCCAACCUCACCCUCAUGGCGUUGGGUUCCUCGGCUCCUGAAAUCCUUUUGUCUGUCAUUGAGGUCUGCGGCCAUAACUUCCAGGCAGGAGAACUGGGCCCUGGCACUAUUGUGGGCAGCGCGGCCUUCAACAUGUUCGUGGUCCUCGCCGUCUGCGUCUACGUCAUCCCCAGUGGUGAGAGCCGCAAGAUCAAGCACUUGAGGGUCUUCUUUGUCACCGCUUCCUGGAGCAUCUUCGCCUACAUCUGGUUGUACCUGAUCUUAGCUGUCUUCUCCCCAGGGAUCGUCGAAGUAUGGGAGGCCUUGUUGACCCUGAUCUUCUUCCCGAUCUGCGUUGUCUUCGCCUGGAUAGCUGACAAACGGCUGCUGUUCUACAAGUAUGUCUACAAGAGGUAUAGGGCGGAUCCUCGCAGUGGCAUCAUCAUCGGAACCGAGGGAGAGUUCCCCAAAGGCAUCGAGAUGGACGGGGGAUUCGUGGCCAAUGACCACCGAGAGAGUGUCUUUGUGGACGGCAGCGCAGCGUCUGUGGCUCCCCUUCCGGUCGUCACCCAGGAGGAGAAAGAGCUGGACGAGAGCCGCAAAGAGGUCAUCCAGAUCUUGAAAGACCUCAAGCAGAAGCACCCAGAUAAAGAGCUGGAGCAGCUGGUGGAGAUCGCCAACUACUACGCUCUACUGCAUCAACAGAAGAGCCGGGCUUUCUACCGCAUCCAGGCGACACGCAUGAUGACCGGGGCGGGAAACAUCCUCAAGAAGCAUGUCACGGAAUUCUCCAAGAAGUCCACCAACCUUCUGGAGGUGCCCUCCGAAGCAGAAGUGGAGGAGAACUACAGCAAGAUCUUCUUUGAGCCGUUCAUGUAUCACUGCUUGGAGAACUGUGGCUCGGUCACCUUGACCGUGACUUGCCAGCAAGGUGGAGACACCUACAACACCUUCUACGUAGACUACAAGACUGAGGAUGGUUCGGCCAAGGCAGGUUCAGAUUACGAGUACAGCGAGGGCACCCUGAUUUUCAAGCCUGGCGAGACCCAGAAGGAGCUGAAGAUCGGCAUAAUUGAUGAUGACAUCUUUGAAGAAGACGAACAUUUUUUCGUCCGGCUUCUGAACCUGCGGGUGGGGGACGCGGAAGGCAUGUUUGAGUCGGACUCUACCGAACACCCCAAGGGACGCCUGGUAGCCCCGCUGGUGGCCACCGUGACUAUUCUGGACGAUGACCACGCCGGCAUUUUUGCCUUCCAGGACAAACUGUUAAGGGUCAGCGAGUGCCAAGGGACCCUGGAGGUCAAGGUCACCCGGAGCUCGGGGGCCCGAGGGACUGUGAUGGUCCCCUACCAGACGGUGGAGGGGACUGCUCAAGGAGGGGGUGUGGACUAUGAGGACUCCUGCGGAGAACUGGAGUUCAAGGACGAUGAGACUGUAAAAUCCCUUCACGUGAAAAUUGUGGAUGUCGAAGAAUAUGAGAAGAAAGACAGCUUCUUCAUUCAAUUGGGCCAACCCCGUUGGUUGAAAAGAGGGAUCUCCGCUCUCCUGCUCCAUCAAGCUGAUGGUGACAAAAAACUCUCGGCAGAGGAGGAGGAGGCCUGGCGAAUUGCUGAAAUGGGGAAGCCCAUCCUCGGGGAAAACUCGCGCCUGGAAGUGAUCAUAGAAGAAUCGUACGAUUUCAAGAACACUGUGGACAAACUCAUCAAGAAAACCAAUCUGGCCCUGGUGAUUGGCACGCACUCCUGGCGGGAGCAGUUCCUGGAGGCAAUCACUGUCAGUGCAGGUGUGGAAGACGAGGAUGAAGACGGGCGAGAGGAGAGGCUGCCGUCUUGCUUCGACUACGUCAUGCACUUCCUGACGGUCUUCUGGAAGGUUCUCUUCGCCUGCGUGCCGCCCACCGAGUACUGGAACGGCUGGGCCUGCUUCAGUGUUAGCAUCCUGGUCAUCGGCAUGCUGACCGCCCUCAUCGGCGACCUGGCCUCCCACUUCGGCUGCACGGUGGGACUCAAGGACUCGGUCAAUGCGGUCGUCUUUGUGGCCUUGGGCACGUCCAUCCCAGACACCUUUGCCAGCAAAGUGGCCGCUCUGCAGGACCAGUGCGCGGAUGCGUCCAUCGGCAACGUGACGGGCAGCAAUGCGGUCAACGUCUUCUUGGGCCUGGGCGUGGCCUGGUCGGUGGCGGCCAUUUACUGGGCUUUCCAAGGCAAAAACUUCGAGGUGCAGACGGGCACCCUGGCCUUCUCUGUCACCCUCUUCACCAUCUUUGCCUUCGUUUGUAUCAGUGUCCUCAUGUACCGCCGGCGGCCACACAGAGGGGGUGAGCUGGGGGGUCCCCAAACUGCCAAAAUCCUGACCACCUGCCUCUUUGUGGGCCUCUGGCUGCUCUACAUCCUCUUUGCUGGCCUGGAGGCCUACUGCCACAUCAAGGGUUUCUGAAGGACGUCAACGGAAGGACGUGGCGAGGGAGAAUGGACACCAAGGGGCUCGCUUUGCAGCACCUUCAGCAGGCCCGAUGUCCAUGAAGCUCCUCCUCCACUGUUUCGAGCUUCUUUUGAAGGCAAACACCCUCUGUCAUCUAGAGGGAAGACAGAUCUAGACGGAAGACUCCCACCCUGUCUUCUACCAGCCUGUCCAUUUUGACCUACCACAUUUUCAAGCAUCUUCUGAUGGUUGGGCACCUCUUGUUUUCCAACUGGAGACCUCUUCUCCCUUCUUGCUUGCCUCUAGCAAGGGACUCCGAUCCAUUCCAGUCUUGGUGUGUCCCACUCACAGAGAGACCGGGUGCAAACCCAGAGGACUGGAGCGGGCAUCUGUGUUAAUCCCCCUGCCCCAAUUGCUUUGAUUCUUUGGCCCUCCCAAGGACCCCAGUUGUGUUUCUACUGAAGUGUCUUCCUGUGGCUAUAUUGUUUUCUUCAAGCUGGUACCCUUGGCCUGGAUCCAAAGGGAGAUGUUCUCUCUGCUUUAGAGCACACUCACAUACACACAGAGAGAAUUGGAAACAGACCUUUCUCUUACUCUCUUUUUUGAGGUGGGAGAAGGAAACAUUGAAAAAGGUCUGUGUCAGGGGCAAAAUAAGACGUAUUAUGACGUCUCUCCUGUUGCUGGACAUUUUUGGAUACGUUCUUGGGGUCGAAGCCAGCGUGAAAUCAGUUCUGGAGAAGACUGGCGAGUUUUAACUGUCCCAGUUCAUGGAAACAACAGAAGGGGAUAUAUUUGGCCUCAGUAGCAGCCCCGUUGAGGGCAGGAGAACAGAUGAUCAGUUGAGGGAUCUUGCUGGAUUUAUGGGAAAUAGUUUGGGCAGAGACACAGACCUCUGUGGAAGCUACAGUUUUCCAGUCUUCUGCUUUACUCUCUUGGACAAGGGUUAAAGAAACCUUGUUCCUUCUUAUCCCCAUGUUAGUGGGGAAAUUGCACACACCCCUCAGUUGAUGUACCCCAUGUAAAACAGGGUGCUUUCUUCUGCUCCUCUAUUUAUGUCCACCUCCUUGAAGACUCCUUCCUUUCUCCCUGGAAGCCCACAACCACAGCUGGAUGGCAGGUUCAACCAAUGAGAAUGAAGAUGGCCCCUGGGGCGAAUGAAACUUUGUGCAGAUUCUCACACACUCAUUGCCUGAUGUGGGAGCUUGGGAGCCGAUUGUUGUCUGAUGCUAUCAGUGUAAUGUGGGGUCUAGUAAGGUCUAAUCAAGGGUUUCCUUGCAUUAGGAGUGCUAAAGCCGGACUUGGAAUUAACCAUGGUCGAUUUCUGCCAAGGGGGACUUGAACACGUUUGAAUGGAACCAGAAUCUGGAGUGCCAUCUGGGGCAACAUCUGUUCACUUCUCCAGCUGUGUGCUGUCCAGUGUUUAUAGAUAUCUUUUCCUUGCUCCAAAGCAAACGUCGCAUCUGGGUGUACAUUUAGGUCAACUCCCCUGCACACUGCUGAUUUUUAGAGAUAGGCCACCCCAUCGUGCUUGCGUGCCAA